AUGGUGUCACGCCCACAGCGGCUGCAUAAAAACGGGCGAAUCUCGAAUAGUUCGAAAAUCUACAAAAUGUUCCUCUUUUCGAUUUUGCUUGUAACGGCAAUAUUAGUGCCUUCAGCUUCGUCAGAAGCGUAUUGCCCUGAUGGUCAACUCGAAAAGUCGAUUAUCGAUUCUAUACUAGACCUUAUCAAUGAUAAACGAUCAACGUUGGCAAAGGGAAAAUUGGAUGACGGUAGUUCACCGGCUGCGGUUAAGUUUCCAAAAGCGAAAGCAAUGAACAAACUUGAAUGGGGCUGCAAUCUGGAGGAAAAAGCGAUACAAAAAUUAGGACUCGACUGUGCAAUUUCGACAGCACCUGCAGUUAACAAUAAAGCAGUGCUCUUCUAUGCCGAUGAUGAUAAAUUCGGGCUUCCGCCGAGCUUUGCCGUCGCCAACUGGUUAAAGGAGCAUCGCGCGGCUGCGUUUACAGGCCUCAGUGCGGGCGCCACUGACGUCAAAAGGCCUGCUACCGGUUUCGAUAAUUUCGCUAAUCUUAUGAAUGAGAAAACGACAAAAAUAGGCUGUGCAGAGCUCAUUUGUAAAAACGGAAAAAAGAGACCCCUGUUAUGCCUAACAAACAAACCCCUAAUUGCUAAGGAUGAAGUUAUCUAUACGGUUGAUGCAACAAAAGCCUGUAGUGGUUGUAACAAAAACACUAGACCGUGCAACAAAGAAACAAAAUUGUGCGAAGCGCCCGAGCAAUCAACCACAGAAUCCACAACACCCUCAGCAUCGGAACCCAAUACGAUUUGUCCGAACAAUGAUGGAAUGAAUGACGCACUUAGAAAUGCCUCGCUGGAGCUGCACAAUCAGAAAAGAGCAGAGCUUGCUAGUGGAACCACGGCUAUGGGGAGUGCUAGUACCAACAUGCGACAAGCAAACAAUAUGCCAGAACUAGUAAUUGACUGCGAUCUCGAAAAGGCGGCCCUAGAGGAAGCACAGAAAUGUGAAGAAGAUGAUGAUAAGAUUGGCCGGGAGUUCAAUAAGAUGAUGGUGCCUGAUGCAAUCGAUCUGGCAGAAGCUCAAAAGACUGCCCUAGAGGAAUGGUGGAAUGAAAUUAAUAGUGGUCCUGUGAUCGACCAAAUCCAAAACUUGUACUACGAUCACAGCCUCAAACAACAUUUCUCUAAGAUGGCAACCGAUAAAACGAAAAAAGUUGGUUGCGCUGCAGUCAAGUGCGAUAAAGGUGUGCGUGUUGUGUGCAGAUACGAAGGAAUCCUGAAGAACGGCGAAAAGAUAUACAACAUGGGUCCCACUUGCAAGAAGUGCUCUGCUGGAGCGGGCAUGGCAGAUUGCCAAGCGGAACCAUAUCCCGAGAUCAUGCCGAGAAAGAUUUUUGUUACAUUGUUAUUUAUCAUCUUCUGGAAUGCAACCGUCGUUCAAUCAAUAUUGUUCAUGACAUCAAUGGCUGUCGUGGUCCCACCACCGAUGAUGGUGGCCAUACCGCCGCCUAUGCCUCCGCCUGUUAUCUUGGUGAGACGCAGAAUAGUUUGCUGUUAUGGGACUUUCAUGGGCUAGCGAUUUGCGUUGCAAGGCCUUUCCAAAGAAACGAUUCUCAUUCGAGCUCUUUGUUGUAACAGUGAAAUGUCGCCUUUGAUUGUAGACUACAUAUGCUUUUGACCCUUCCGCAUUCUUCCG